AUCUGAGGUCAGAUUUCACGCUAACCCUUGGUUAUCUUAAUCUAGCUUUGAACAACUUGGCCCAGAGCUCGUUGGUCUUGCUUUGAUCCAUGCUCAGAGGAUAAACCAGUGACGCCGAAAUAGUGCUUGGCAUGGAAAAUACAAACCCUUUUCAACGGCAAAACGAUUUUGAGAUGUCCGUCAGAGGAGGAAUCAAAGCAGCUGGUGAAGACGUCAGCCAAGAUAUAACAGAUGAUGAGGACAAAACGUAUUCUAUACGACAUUUGAUUCUGGACUAUUGUGAAUACACGUCUGGCCACGGUCCACCGCGCAUCAUCGCCUCAAAACAAACAAUAAGAAAAAUAUUUUGGACGUUGUUAUUUCUUGCAGCAUUGGCGAUGUCUUCAUGGCAAAUAAACACUCUGUUUAAUACGUAUAAGGCAAGACCGCUGAGCACUCAUGUCUCGAUAAAACAUGAAACGGUGUGUAUAUCUCUUGCUUACCCGGGCUCUAAAUUUUUAAUUCCACGGAAGACGCAAGCAGUGACUUUGUGAUCAUUGAGAGCAAGCCUAACUUCAUGCACUUAUAUCAUUGAGUUGUAUUCUUGGGGCAAAGUAAGUCAGGAGUAAAAAUGGACACCAUAACUGUUAUGAAAAACUCACAAAAUAUUUAGGAUUAGCACUUAAAGUUUUUCAUUCUGUUUUGCAAUUUUUAGUUGAUUAAUAUUGGAGAGGUGCUCUCUUAAUCGACGUGUUGAACGUUUUAGCACCGCUUUUUCACCAAGUUCACUAUUUUUUAACAUCUUCUUGUUAUGUUUCCAGAGUCUUGACUUUCCUGUGAUUACAAUUUGCAACUUCAAUGCUGUGAAAAUUGGAAACAUUGAAAAUUUCCCUGAGGAGCUGAAGAAAGAUAUUCAAGCAGAGACUACCAGUAAGAAACAUGUGCCCUAAACUAAUAAUAACAUCACUUUACAGCGCCCUGAACUAAUCACCUACAACAAUUGUAGAUUAUAGAGGGCAUUGUUUGCAGGAUGGCAAUUUGAGGUAUGAACAGACAUCGUUCAAUUUGCGCUGUUCCACUUUCAUGGUAAACGGGGCUCCGUCUCGAAUUUUUAAGCUUCGAUUUUAAGUUUAGUAUUUUCAUAUUGAUUUCUAGACCCUUCUUGUUUGAUGUAUUUUGCGAUCUUAGAGUCUAAUGUUAUCCACAUCAGUCAUCUCAUUAUCAUUAUUACGAUAAUUCGAUUAUUUCAGAAUAAUUCAUUAACAUUAAUUUUACAUUAUCAUUCACUAUCAUUAUCAUUAUCAUUAUCAUCAGUAUUAUUUUCAACAUUAUAGGCUCUAACCCACCGACACGAGGCAAGAGAGCAGUAAACCAACCCUCCUCGUCCAAUAGUCCAAAUAACCUUGACUUCUUCGAAGAGGAGGAGGAAGAAGGAAUUGAGAACCCGGAUGAUCUGGAUGAGGAUUUUAAGAACAGGGAGCAAAUGAUAAUGAUAAUGGCUGAGGCUGGUGUUGAAGCACUGAAACCCCUUGGUCACCAGUUUAAAGAGUUUGUCUUGUCGUGCAGAUACCGCGGAAUCUCGUGUGGGUAAGUUUAAAGUCUCUCAUUAAAUUUGCAAAUGAAGAAUAAGAAGAACUUUUCUUAUUCAAAUUGUUCAAAGUCACGUUUUGUCUGUACGGGUUCGUGGGAAAAAUCUUCCCAAAAAGUUACUAUGACUAGUUUCUCUUUGCUCUCUUGUCUGGCUAAGGCUGAAUUCUUAAAAUUCAGUUCGAAUGCAUCACCUGAAAAUAACAAAAUGACCUUUGGAGCGUUAUAUUAGCUGUAUUGUAUCUCAAAUUAACAGAUUAACUCAAAUUAACUCAAAUUGACAAAUUAAACAAUUCACACUGCAGCAAAUAAAAAGCGUAUUUUCUUGAUCUGCAUUGUUAUCGGAGUAUUUGUUUCCUAGAAAUUUCGCGAGUUCCUACUGGACAAGCUAUUGGCAUUAUACGUACGGAAACUGUUAUGUUUUUAACGCUGGUAAAGAUAAAUCAGGAAACAGAGCUACAGUGUUGAAGUCUAACAAGCCCGGCCCAUCACAUGGUAAGAUAGCUGUUUAACUGAAUUUAUAUUGAUUAUUUUAAGGUAAAAAAACUCUGAGCUCUGAUUCCUUUACUUACGCGUGAGUAAAAUGCACUAGGGAGCAUUUCUAAAGACUGGUCCGAGGGAAAUCUCUAGAAACAGAGCCCAGACACGAUCCCAGAUGCACCAUGGCUGUAAUUUCGCUAAGCAAUGUGACCAAGAACGAACGACAUUUCUCGGCCCUAAUUGCACUGACCAGGAAGCCAAAUGCCAGCAGACUCAAGAUAACGAUCACGCGAAUUUUAAAAAUAUUGAAUGAGUCAUUAUAUUCAAUUAAGCACAUAUAGUUAUAACUGUCUAUGGCAUGAAAAUAAUCCGUUAUAAUCUGUACUGGAGAAGUUUACAAUUUCAUUUCCUAAAAAACGUCAAUUGAAAAGAAGUUGACUUAAGAAACUACGUUUAAAUGGCUUAAAUGGAACAGCUUCUUCUUUCAGGACUAAACCUCGAGCUAAACAUUGAGCAAGACGAAUACAUUGGAGCCUUCACAGAGGAAGCUGGGGUAAGGAUCGACAUAUCGAAUCAAGGAGAAAUGUCGUUUCCUCGCGAGAAAGGACUCAGUGCAGCUCCAGGAUUUGCCACGUCAAUAGGAAUAAGGAAGGUGGGAAACUUUCGUCUAAAUUUGUAAUCAAGUAUUGUGAUAUCGAUUAUCUCAGAGAAUUUGCAAGGAGGGCUCGUUUUCAGGCAAAACCCGUUCAACGAGUUUUCGCCCGCGGCUGUCUGGUGGAUGGUGCGCGCGCUUGAGUUCAGUUCCAACAGCCCAGGUCGUAGGAGUUUGGCUUGGUCAUCGUGUUAUGUUUCUUGAAAAAGGCACUUUAUUUUAUCUGUGCUUCCACCAAAGAGUAUAAAUUGGUAUCUGCCGUCUUUAAGAUAGGCUGGACGAUAAAUUGAGAGGGCUGAGGCAGGCGGGGGGGGGGAAGGUAAAUUACGUUGGUUUUAAGACCUCCGGCGGUGAGGGCCACACGGCUUUUUGUGCUUACUCCUUUUUAUCAGAUUAAUUAUCAACCUGACCGUCGUUACCUGCUAUUGAAGUCAUAAUUUCAUUAAGAGUAACUUAUUAAAAUUUUUCAUUAUAGGUAGAAAUCCACAGAAAGGAUCCAUUCACCAAAAAACGAUGCCAAAACAGCUCGAGUCUAAGCGACGCAAACCUCUACAAACAUAACUUUCAAGUAAACUAUUCAGCCACGGUGAGAAAAAAAAAAUAGAACAUAGAUAAGGUGGAACAGUAAAUUUUUACUAAGUACAAUAAACCCUUAAAUUAGUACCUAUGUGUGACGAAGACUGCGCUCUCACAAAUCGUAUUCCUCAGGGCGCAUUCAGAUCAUUACUGAAAAUAUAGAAAAUAACCAUGGUGUAUCGUACCCCUGUCAAUUGGAUUACAUUUUGAAUUCCCGUCACUUUUUGUAUACAAAGCAGCCAGGGUAACAAAAUGAUGGCUGCUAGCUUGACGUCAUCAUCGUCGUCAUUACCAUUAUCAUCUUCAUCAAUCUCAUUUUAAUCAUGGUCAUUAUCAUUACUCAUACCAUCAAGUUUUUUAACCUCUCACCUCGCUAAAAGAGAACUUUGGUUGAAAAAAAAAAUUUAAGUACUUGAGGAGAUCAACUGCAAUCAAUUUAGCAAAAACAACAUAAAACGACAACAUACUUUUCUGGCUGGCAUGUCCUGAUCUCAGACUUAUUACAGCUUGGCAAAGUUUGAUUCAUGACCAUCUAUUCACUAAUUUCGGAUCAUUCGUCCCACACAGGCAUGCAAGGAAUCAUGUCUCGCUUAUAAUCAGAGAAAAGAAUGCAAAUGUAUGGAGUACAGAUUUCCUCUUCCUAAUGAUAAAACCCCAGUUUGCGACAUCCUAAAUAAAACAGUCGGUAAGUAUCGAUGAACUAAACCUUUGAGACAUUCACUUUGAGGCAGUAAGAUAGAAUGUCAAACUUAAUGAUUUCUCUAAGAUUCUUCGGCUAGAGUCAUGUGUCAGGCAAGAUCAAUCACGUUAUCGUAAAGGCAAAUUUGUGGCAGGCGGAGAGGGGAAUCCUCUUUGAAGGUAAUCAUCUAGCCUUCGGGGAAAGAUUUUUGACGAGGGUUUAACAACCUAACAAUGUAAACAAACAUUUUUAUGGAAAUAUAACGUUAUAGUUACAAAAGGAUCUCAAAAUUCCUCAAACUGGAAUCAGUGGUGGAGAUUGGAGCCAACUAUAAGUUCUUAAUUUAAGACAGUGAUGUCUCUGUGCAUCCGAAAUUUACAACAAGUGAGUUCUGGGAUGUAGGAGGUAUACAUAGGUUACCAGAGAGAGGAAUAAGAAGAAACCAUUGAUAAGAAUGAUGACGUAGUUUUUUUAUAACGAGGUUAAUGGCCGAUUUGUUCAAUUUUUUUGUCGUAGUUGACUGUCUCAGCAAAGUACAGAAGGCAUUUAAACGAAAUGAAUUGAACUGCACAUUGUCAUGUCCACCACCCUGCAGGUAAGAGAUGAGAGAUUCCUAGACAAAGCGUCAGUCAAUUUGUCAGUCAACCAUUCUCUCAGUCAGAGUCAGUCAGUCGGGCAGUUCGUCAGCCAGAGUGUUAGUCAGUCAUUAAUUAAGGCAGUCAAUCAGUCAGUGAGUCAGACAAUCAGACACUAAGUCAGUUAGUCAGACAAUCAGACACUAAGUCAGUCAGUCGGAGGGUCAGUUAUUCAGUCACACAGUAAGUUAAUCAAUCCACAGUCUCUCCGUAUGUCAGUCAGUUGGUCGGUGAGUCAUACUCUCACUCACUGUCUGUCUGUUCGCCAGUUGCUCAGUCGCCAGUCAGUCAUUCAGUCAGUCAGUCAGUCCAUCGCGUGUUCAGUCUGUCUGUCACUUCGUCACUGGGUAAGCGAUUGUGAAAGUAAUCAUAGGCGUAUUCUUGCAUGGUUUUUCGUAGGGAGAGUAUAUUUCAGCUCACAUCAUCAUUCUCAGCCUGGCCUUCCAGUGGUUACAAGGUUUGUAAACAGUUCUUAAAAUUCUAUGACUAAGUGGAAAUAAUGUUCAUGUGACGUAUACCUUCCAGUUUGGUAAUUUGAGCUUAUAGCAGCCACAAUUGGAAGCGCCUGACACACUCCUUAAAAAAUGUGUCUUUUUGGAUAUCUAAAUUUUGUUUUGUCCUAAUUUCUUCGGUUUCAGCCUUUCUAUAUUGACAAGCUCAACUCGCAGGACAAAUCUCAUAACCUCGAUAUUAAUUCAAAUUCAAGGUAAUUACCCUCUUUUUUUAUUUAUUUCCCAAAAUUACUUUCAACCAAAUUUAAACAGAGCAUCUCUAUUGGUCUGUGCUCAAUUGUGUUCACAAUGUAGAGUAUUGGGGCAAAAAAUAUAUAUAAUAUCGAUCUUCCACUGCUUGUAACCAUAGAGCGUCGUAUUCAAGAGGAAAGGAAAACAGUCGAGGAAAAAUGGGAUUUUUCGUUCUUUCCAUCAUCCAUAUCCAAUUUUUCCUUGCAUGUCUGCGGACAUUUGUACUGAGAGAGUCUCAUAAAAGAUAAAAACAACACCGCUACACCGAAUGAAACUAAGUGAUGCACGUGCUAAAGCAUAAUUAGUACCAUGGACUACAUAUAAGAUUAACACAUGGACUCCACAAAUGAUUUAUUUCCAGUAAUCUUCGCUCCAAUGUUUUGAAGCUAAACAUAUUCUACGAGGAACUAAAUUAUGAAACCAUUACAGAGGAAAGAUCUUAUGAGGUAUGCUUACAUUUCUUUGAGGAUUUUGCACUAAUACUGAACACGUAGUCAUCAACAUCUUUUCAAGCCAGUUUGCUGACCAGCGUCCUGUUUUAUCCACAGCUGGCCAAUUUUGUGUCUGAUCUCGGAGGGUCCCUUGGUUUAUGGAUUGGAAUGUCUGUUCUAUCGUUUGCGGAAGUCCUGGAAUUGUUGCUAUUGAUCGGUUACGCGCUAUUUAGGAAAUUUCGAAGAAAGUUGAACGGAAAAAUACAAUCAUCUUCAUUUCAUGGCAAAGGAAAAGGCGUUGUUUGAGAAGUCAUCAAAGACGCUUGGUGGAAUAACAUAGUUAUGAGUUAAUAAUAAUUUAAUAGCUGGAUUAAAUAGAGCAAAAUAUAUGAUCAAUCUAACAACUAUUUAAAAGAAAACUUGUUUCAAGUGUCAGAUUGCUAAUAAUUACCUAAGAUGCCUUCCAGUUAUUUAUAUAUAAAAAAGUAAUUGUUAAAUUAUAUGCAAUCGUACGCGUUAGAGUAGAGUUUAAUUAAAAGAGGAAAAGAACAGCAACCAAAGCUACAAUGAUAACAACGAAAAACGAAGAAAAAAAAACGACGAAAAAAAAAAACGACGAGAACGGCACCGUUUGAUUUGAAAAAUAGAGGUCCUGCCAAACCCCCACUAUCCAUCAAAACUCCUCUUCUCCUUUAUCCAUUUAGCAAUUUUCUCAUUCAUAAAUUUUUAUUUUCGUCGUCAAAUUAAAAUACAUUUACACUCAAUUUUGUUAUUCCUUUUUUCUUUCGCGUCGUUGAUGGUCAUUAUUAAUUUUUAAAUAAUAUUUUAAAUAAUUUUCCAACGAUUGGUUCUUAAGAUAGGCGGAUUGUAAAUAAAUUAAAGCUUAUUAUUCCAGAG